GGGGCCGAUCGACAGACAGAAAAAAGAAGAAGGAAAGAAACAGAAGGCUUCAUCUUAUGGCAAUUUCGUAAUUCUAAUCUGAAGCCGGUUGUUUUCUUUUCCGUUACAAAAAGAAGAAGAAACCACUCUCAAUUUGGAUUUCUAGGGUUUCUGAUUUUCGAAUUUUGAAUUUAGGGUUAUAAAUAAUAAUAAUUGUUAUUAGAGUGAUGACAUAUUAUGAUGGUAAGGAUGAAGUGGUAGCACCAUUGUUAAUAAAAGUGAAAAUGGAUCGAGGAGAUGAAGAUUAUGUGACGGUGAGAAGUUCUGAUAAUGAAGUUGAAGAGAUAUUGAAACCACCAUUAUCACCUAGGAAAGGGAUUAAUUGGUGUUGGUGGUUCAAGAUGGGUUUAUUAGGGAUUGCUAUUGCUACUGUUGCUGUUGUUUUUCUCAUCUGGGUUGGACCUUUCCUUCUGAAUAAGGAGAUUGUCCCAAUCUUGGACUGGGUAAUGAGAACAUUCAGUCCUAAGGUGCUGGCGGCUCUAUUAUUUGCUUCUAUGACAUUAUUUCCUUCCCUGUGCAUUCCAUCUUCCCCUUCUAUGUGGGUAGCUGGCAUUAGUUUUGGUUAUGGAUAUGGAUUUCUGUUAAUUCUAGCUGGGUUUAGUAUCGGCAUGUCAAUUCCGUUCUUUAUUGGUUCUCUCUUUCAUCAUAAGAUCCAGGUGUGGUUGGCAAAAUGGCCAGACAAAGCUGCUAUCAUAAGAUUAGCUGGUGAAGGAGAUUGGUUUCAUCAAUUUCGAGCCGUCGUGUUGCUUAGAAUUUCACCUUUUCCAUUUAUCAUAUUCAAUUAUGCCUCUGUUGCCACUGGUGUUAAAUAUUGUCCAUAUAUACUUGGGUCGCUGGUAGGAGUGGUGCCGGAAAUCUUUGUUUCAAUCUACAGUGGGAUUUUAGUUGCAAGCUUGGCAGAUGCCACACAAGGUCACCAGUAUCUUUCGACAUCUCAAAUUAUCUACAACGCCAUUGGAUUUGUUUUAACAGUUGGUGUUACAGUUUUUAUCACACUCUAUGCAAAGAAGUCGCUCAGGAAACUUCAAGAUGAAGAAGAGACGCUGUUAAGAUGAAGAAGAAGAAGAAGAGAUGCUGAUGCUGGGUUAAUUUUGACUGAUGGGAGUUUGGAUUAUUAUUGCAGCACUUUCACUGCCAGGGUCCGCAACUUCUCUCGAAGCGUGACGCACACCUGCAUUUGGGUGGUGGUGAAAUCCCCAAAGUUUUCGGACUCUGCGCCUUUAUAACCUGAAUGAUGUUUUAGAGUGAGCCAGCCUGCUACAUAUAUUUGCCUUAAACACGAUUGGCGCGAAAAAGGGUCAAAUGGUAUGUCACUUGAACCACGUCCUAAUUGAACAUUGACUUAUAUUAACCAGUGUGUAAUGUGUAUAUGUUAUUUUGGUGCAAGUGAUGAAAGGAAUUUGUACAUGAUGGUUUAUAGGUUUCAUCGUCUCUAAUUGAGACAAAGAAAUAGAAAGACUGAAACAAGUAUGAGCAUGA